GGUUAGAUCUGCCAUGCGUAAAACUUGCCUCUAUUUGUCUCAAUCGCCGUGACGUUCAUUUUGAGUCAAUUUAGGUUCAUAUUAUCAAUACAUAUCCUGGAGGUAAAUGCAGGAGGUGCUUUCACGUUUCAUCAUCAUAAUCCCAACCCCUUCAGGUAGAUAAGCCUAGGUGUAUAAGUGAAGAAGAGUUUGAGGAAGUUCCAGCCAGAACACAGACAAUUACAAAGACAGAAUGGCCUGCAUUUAUGGCGAUGUUACAAAGAUCGAAGCAAGUGGUGCGUCAGAAAAAACCGCUAAACAGGACGGCCUGAGUGUGCGAGGGGUGGAGGCCUCCGAAAAGCUGGCACAGAAUGAUCUGAGCAGAAUGAACGAGUAUAAAGAUGUCAUCAUUAAGGUGGGGCAGGCUCAGCAAAUGGACCCAGCUGUGAUCGCUGCUAUAAUUUCCCGCGAGUCUAGGGCAGGGUCACCAGGAGUUCUGAAAAACGGCUGGGGCGACCAUGGCAAUGGCUUUGGACUCAUGCAGGUUGACAAACGAUACCACGAGCUACAGGGCGAGUGGAAUAGUGAGCAGCACAUCAGUCAAGGCACUGCAAUUCUGACUGGGUUUGUCAAGCAGAUCCAGAAAAAAUUCCCAGCCUGGUCCAAGGAACAACAAUUCAAAGGUGGAAUAUCAGCCUACAAUGCUGGAGUUAGGAAUGUCCAGACUUAUGAGAGAAUGGACAUCGGCACCACCGGGGAUGACUACGCUAACGAUGUAGCCGUCAGAGCGCAGUGGUUCAAGAAGAAUGGUUUUUGAAAAAUAAAAUAAAUACAACGAUUAAAAAGAAUGAGGUGAAUUAUUGUAAAUCAUCUUUAUAAAUAAACUAUGGACUCCA